UCAGGCUACCUGCACUCACAGCACGACCACUUUGUGCUUCCUGGUUGGCUCAGCCCGGGAGUCAAAGAGCUUUGUGUUCCAACGAAAGGGGGAGAGUCGACUCAAGGGGCUGUGAGUAAAGAGUAAAGAGUCACCUCCCUCAACAUCUCCACCGCUGGCACCGCUAAGGCUCGCCCCGGCGCGUCCUCCCGGCCACGUCCUUCAGCUGUCCAUCUCUCUCCAACACCCCCGAGCGCUCGAACUUUUCAGGAGCACUCCUCUGGUUCGGCACAAGCACGCACAUCAAACAUUCAAAAGUCAGAGUGGAUUUGACACUUCAAACGGAAGCGCCGGCCCGGGCCACUCUGUGGUCGGGGCGCUCGGUGCACUGGAGCUGGCUGUAAUGGCCGAGUCGAUGGCUGUGCUGGCUGAUACUUCAGUGUGAAUGUGAUGGGAAUUGUCACCGAGGCCUUCUCUGGAUACAGUGCUGCUGCUGCUGCUGCUGCUGCAGUGUUGCUCUAACGUCGCAGUAAGCCUUUCUCAGGCAGGGUUCUCAGCUUGUUUCUCUCAUUAACAGAAGCUCAUUACGGCCUUAUCUGCCUUCAAACACUUGCUGCUGCUCUUGCAUUCUCCUCAAUUAAUUGCCCGCAAAGUAGAUUUAUGAAAUUGCAAAGUUCACAGAUGCUCUUCAUGUGGAACACAGAUGUUUUCUAUUUCCCAUAAGAAAAAUGACACAUACAUUUCUUCACAGUUUAAUGCUUUGUUAAUACACAAAACACAUCACUCUUGAUUGCACAAGGCUCCUGAACUUUAUCUUCGAUGGAACAUCAUUUCAUUAAAAUUUGUAGAAUUUCACAAAGCCUCAGUGAAAGCCAUUUUUCUUGGAUGUAGAUUAAAUGACCUUUCAAACAUACACUCUGGCAACAGGUUCACAAUUUUAAUAACAUGUAUUGAAGGUAAUCAUCACGUAAAUAAACAAUUGCAAAGGACGCAUCUGCAUUCCAAUAUAUUGUAGCAACAAAUGAACGUGGUUUCAGUUGGAGCAUGGGAUAAAUGGGAUAACAUUUUCAGGACGGUUAUAAACAAGGCUUCUCAAAGUCCAAUGACCUUUGGCCAGGUUGGUCUUGACUGGAGGGGGCACUAGAACACCCUUCCAUGUGUCUAGUGCUGGAAGCAGUUGCAUUAUACACCUUUAAAACAAAUGUACCACUCUGUAAGGAGUCCUGUGGUUCAUGGAGUCAAGUCCUCUUGCUCCUACACCAUGUGUGCUCUUUGGCUGGUCAGUUUAUGCUAAGCUAACCUCAAAUGUAGCUGGAUGAAAGCGCCAUCAAUCCUUCAGCUCCAUAGCUGGGGUUGCUGGAGAAGGAUCCUUACUGGAACAUAAACUAUUCUUAUUUCGGCAAAACAACUGGAAUGCGGGAAAAGAAUAUUUAUUUGUUUUUUGGGCCAGAUGUUAAUUCUAAAUGACUGGAUGUGGAACCCGAGCUGGUAGUUUGACCUCUGGUUUAGAUGCUCACAGGCAAGUAGUCUUCACAGGUAAGUGCAGUGAACUGAAUUACAAAUGUAAAUUACAUUUCCUUUCCUGCAUGCACACGGUUAUUCAUUGUUACAUAACUCACUGUUUUGACAGUUAGAUAACAUUUUUGGAACAACAUGAAAUAUAGAAGGUGAAAAUGGUGCAAGAAAAGCCACAAAAAUACAAUUAGCUGGUUGGAUUUAAGUGUUACCUAAACCAAGGUUGUUUCAAAAGAAAUGAAGUUCACUUUGGAGUCAUCUUUCAGCGUAUCCUGUCAAAGUGUUGACCGAUAAGGUGGCUUUCUUUUCAUCCAUUUUCACCCAAAACACACCAAUGAGUGAGAAGGUGUUUCCGUUGUGGCGUUGUAGACUGGAGCGUGACUGCAAUACAAAUGAAAGUGAACUGAAACCCUGCACCCUGUAUUUCCCAGGCUCAGGUUGAGGCAAAAAAGGAACAUGAAGGCGCUGUCCAUCUGUUAGAGAACCACUUGGACAGCAUGCAGAAAUAUUCAGGGCUGCUUCUUUUCUUGGUCUUUACUACCCUCUCAGCUCUGUUUCACAUGUCCCAUCAAAGCAAACUCACAAGUGGAGAGCUUUUUGAAAGUCUGGAACUUGACUGACAGCAUAAACUGGAGGUCUUUCUAACUUGAUCAUAAAGAAAAAUUCAGCGACACUUGCUAAACAAUUGAUGAAAAGAUUCAGAAAAUGGAUCCACUUCAAUUAAAGAGGAAUGCCUGGGGCCUCUCUGACCGACCUCAGUCCCACAUAAUCAAAGCCCAUCAACACAUUGAGGCCAAAGUCCGCGAGCUGGAGGAAAAAUGUCGGUCUCAGACUGAGCAGUUCAACCUCCUCUCAAAAGAGCUGGAGAAGUUCCGUCUCCAGGCCGGAAAGUUUGAUAUCCUAAGCACUGAUCCCCUAAACGUUCUUGAAUCCCCUGGCUCGCCCAACAAAUCCCUCUCACAGCUCCUUAAUGGACUGGCUGCCCCCCUAGGAAAAGGCGAUGAAGCUCCAUCAAGCAGAUCUUUGAUAUCUGAGUUCAUUCGUCCACUCCAGAUCAGUGGAGACAAGCCGGAGUUCCUUUCUGUUAAGCCAACAUUCCUCACCCGCGGUCGAGUCAGCAGCCAGGCAAGGGCUUUCCUCCCUGAGAUGGACAAAGAGCUCAGCUCGAGGACCAGGUCCAAACCGAGAUUCACAGGGAAGGUCCGUCUGUGCAUUGCUCGCUACAGUUACAAUCCUCAUGACGGGCCUAAUGAGAAUCCUGAGGCCGAGCUCCCCCUGGUGGCAGGGAAGUAUCUCUACGUUUACGGGACAAUGGACGAGGACGGCUUUUAUGAAGGAGAGCUGCUGGAUGGACAACGGGGGCUCGUCCCGUCCAACUUUGUGGAAUUCGUCCAAGACGAGGAGACGCCCUCUGUCCAACACAGGGACGCAGUGGCUGAAGAACCUGGCUACCUCAACCACAGUAGCCUGGGGCCUCAGAGACUGAAACUUGGCACAGGAACAAGGACAGGCGUAAGCAGCCUGCUGUCUGACAGUAAACUCGACUGUAUAAGCACCAGCAGCUUGGGCAUGGAGCUCCUGGGCUCCUCAAGCAACGGGACAGGAACCUUGGACGUCAGUACCGACGAGGUCGGCGAAGACAUCGUGCCUUACCCCCGCCGCAUCAACCUGAUCAAACAACUGGCCAAGAGCGUGAUCAUCAGCUGGGACCCUCCCGUGGUGCCGCCGGGCUGGGGCUCCGUCAGCGGCUACAACGUCUCGGUGGAUAAAGAGUUGCGCAUGUGUGUCCCCUACGGGGGCAGGACGAAAACCCUCCUGGAAAAGCUCAAUCUGGUCACAAGCACCUAUCGCAUCUCGGUGCAGAGCGUGACGGAGCGCGGCCCGUCGGACGGCCUGCGGUGCACCCUGCUGGUGGGGAAGGACGUGGUGGUGGCCCCUUACUACCUGCGGGUGGACGGAAUCACGCAGGCCUCGGCUGAGCUCUCCUGGAUGCCCAGCAACAGCAACUACAGCCACACCAUAUUCCUCAACGGUGCGGAGUACGACAUGGUCAGGGCGGGCGGCUACACGUACAAGUUCUUCAACCUGAAGCCCAUGACAGUUUACAAGGUGAAGGUUAUGGCACAGCCACAUCAGGUGCCUUGGCAGCUUCCGAUGGAUCAAAGAGACAAGAGGGAAAUCUCUGUGGAGUUCUGCACUCAGCCUGCAGUGUGUGUGUUGUGCUCCUCAGGGCCCCCUCUCCCUCCCCAGGAGGUGCAGGUCCAGUGUGGUCAGACGCCGGGGAUCCUGCAGGUCAGAUGGAAGCCGCCACCUCUGACGUCUUCAGGAACCUCCAACGGGGCCAGUGUGAUUGGCUAUGCCGUGUGCACCAAGGGACAGAAGAUCGCAGAGGUCUUAUACCCCACAGCAGACUAUGUGACCGUGGAGUUGAACAGGAUUCAGUGUCUGGAGGCCCGAGAGCUCAUCGUACGGACGCUAUCGGCGCAGGGAGAGUCCCAGGACUCGCCCGUGGCCGUCAUCCCCAACAACCUGCUGGGCUCCCCGCGCCUCUCCCAUCGAACCACUGCGCCUCCCCACCACACGGCCCCUCCGACCCACCCGCCCUACCCGUCGACGUACCCGCCGAAUCACCCUCAGCCCCAGGUGCAGCCUCCGCCUCGGGGCCAGCCGCACACGCUGCCCCACGCACAGCCGCACGCGCAGCCCGUGUGCCAACCGCCGCCUCACCCCCAGCCCCACUUCCAGAGCCACCCCAUGAUGCCCAAGUCCAAACCCUCAGUAAGUGCCAGAGAGCCACAAAGCAAAGAGCAUGAGGUGGGACUUCGGACAGCACAGCUCUGGGAGCGGUCCCCUUCGCCGCACCCUCCCAUGCGUGGACCCAACCUGGAGCCGCCGCCGCCGCACUUCCAGCCGCGGCGAUCGCCGUCUCCUCAGAGGAUCCUGCCACAGCCUCAGGGAGCCCCCAUCCCCAACACCGUCGCCAAGGCCAUGGCCAGGGAAGCCGCCCAGAGGGUGUUCGCCGAGGGCAACCGGGUUGAGAAAAGGAAUAUCUUCAGUGAGCGAGGCAACGCCUUGCACCCAGUCAACUCUGACGAGGAGGAGGACGGCUACGACUCUCCUCAUGCGAGGAGGAGAGGAGCGUCGGUGGAUGAAUUCCUCAGGGGUUCGGAGUUGGGCAGACAGCACCACCAUCACCCCUACGGCCACAGUGAGGAGUACCACACAGAGAGCAGCCGGGGUUCGGACCUCUCCGACAUAAUGGAGGAGGAUGAGGAGGAUCUUUACUCCGAGAUGCAGCUGGAGGAAGGCCGCAGGCGCAGCAUCAACUCUCACAACACUCUCAAGGCCUAUUACAAGCGUCAGGACUUAGCCGAGGAAAGGGACAGCUGGGACCUCCAGCGGGAGGUGGUGAAGCAGAGGUCGCUGCGCAGCAAGCGGCUCCACAGCAUCCCCGAGGUGGCCGAGGAGGAGUCGGAGUGCGUGGACGGCGCGGGCCAGCGGCUGCGCUUCGCGGAGGGCGGGCGGCCCGGGACGCCGCGCGCUCAGCGGCGGGCGUACUCGCAGCGCGCCGACGCCCGCCCCGCCCCGGGCAAGAACUCCCGCCUCCUGCGGCGCCAGCGCUCCUCCCCGCGGUUCACCGACGGCCGCCACGGCCACAGCGCGGACGACCGCGGCCCCGUGCGGCCCAACCGCCAGAACACCAAGAGCCCCGACAGCGGCUUGGACUGCGGCAGCGAGGAAGAGGGCUCUCUGGGCCGCGGGUAUCGAGGGUACUACGCCGCCCACGGGAGCCCCACCCGGGGGUCCGUUCACAUCAUCCACUGCGAAGGCCCGGUGGAGAGGCGGGCGCUGGCACUGGGCCGCAAAAGGACUCUGACCCGCCAGGGCAGCGUGGGGGCCGAGUUCGCCGACCUCCCGGUGACCGCGGCCAAGUCGGUCCACUCGGGCGAUUUUAGGAACAGGGAGCACUUUGGGCCCGGACGGGGGGCCGGGCCAAGAAACUACUCCCGGGAAGGGGCUCUGAGCGAGGGCAGGCUGGACGAGCUGGACAGGGUCUAUUACAGCUCCCACAGGGAGGCUAGGGUCCAGUCUGUGUCCAGGCUCAACCGGGACCAGCCGCUGAUCAUUGGGAACUCACCACCUUAUGGAAAUGCUGAUCGUCUGGACCACUCGGGGAGGAGGCCGGUUCACAUGGGCAACCCUCCUCAGCAGCGGCCCAUCCCCUCCAUCGAGAUCACCAUGGACAGUAACAGUGAGGGGAGUGAGGGGAACCUCUCACCCGUCAAGGAGGAUGUUUACUAUGGCAGUGUAGCUCGGCGCAGGAUGUGGCGAUCUAUGUCCUCAGAGGAUCAAUCUGACGGCUUUGGCGGUCGCAGGCACGGGCGGGGACGGCGCUCCCUGGAGUACUACGAAGAAUCGGAGCCGGAGGAGAUGACCCGUGUGUUCGUGGCCCUGUUUGACUACGAUCCCAUGUCCAUGUCUCCGAACCCCGAUGCUGCUGACGAGGAGCUGCCAUUCAAGGAGGGCCAGAUCAUCAAGGUCUUUGGGCACAAAGACACAGAUGGCUUCUACAGGGCAGAGGUCCGAGACCGAGUGGGUCUCAUCCCCUGUAACAUGGUGUCUGAGAUCCAAACAGAGGAUGACGAAAUGAUGGGCCAGCUCCUCAAACAGGGCUUCCUGCCACUCAACACUCCUGUGGAGAAGUUAGUGAACUGUGAUCGUUUCAAAGAUGGACGCUCAAUAAAUCGCAGGUCCAGAAAAUCCAAGAGAGAGAGGAACAGGCGAAGCGGGCGGCAACAUCCGAUGUCCACACGGAGAAUGGUGGCUCUGUACGACUAUGACCCCCGAGAGAGCUCCCCUAACGUUGAUGUAGAGUAUGAGGGCAACAGGCUGAACGAGGAGGCUGAACUGACUUUCUGUGCCGGUGAUGUCAUCACAGUUUUUGGUGAAAUAGAUGAAGAUGGUUUUUAUUAUGGCGAGCUCAAUGGACACAAGGGACUUGUUCCUUCCAACUUUCUAGAAGAAGUGCCUGAUGAUGUAGAGGUUUUUCUCACUGACUCACCAUCUCGAUACCCCCAGGACACUCCUGCACGGAUAAAGACCAAAAGGGUUCCAUCGGAAAAAUCGGGGCCGCCCAGAAGAGCAGGCUCUCCCACAGUGCGUCCACACAUCCCUGGCUCCGGCCCCGCCCCCGUGGGGCCCGGCAGUCCCAUCAGGGCCCCACCGGACAUGUACUCCUCCAAAACGGAAAAGGGACUACUCUCCAAAGGGAAGACGCUCUUGCAAAGACUCGGCGCUGUAAAAUAACUUUUGUUUGACAUACUCGGGGUGUCAUUCAAUUCCUUCUAGUGGUUUAAAAAAAAAAAAAGAUAUACCUAUCACAGUGCAUAGGUGGCAUUUUUCAAACACUUUAUUCUUGUACAUCUGAUGUAUGCUAAAAAUAAUUGUAUUUUUGUUAAAAGUAUCAACUCCAUAUUUUUAAUAACAUUCCAUAUUUCGAUGUGAUGUUUGUUGAGUAUCUUCCCUCCGAGUCUCUUGACUGAUGUUUUACUGUGACCGGCGACAGGAAACCCUUCGUUUCGCCCACGGUGACGUGUAACGGCCCCCCCCCCC